UAAGAUUACAUUACUAUUUCCAAAAAUAUCAUCAACUUCUGCCUCCUGGUGAUUUUUUGCACGUACCUGGAUACAACAAAAAGUUUUUUUUAUCGAUAAUUAAGUCUAAAACAAUUUCCAUGAAAAAAUAAACAAGUAUUGUUAUUGUUGAGUACGUAGAGAUUAGAUGAGUGAAUAUUAUUUUGUUUGUAAACAAUGUCUGAUGCUUUUGAAGAAAUUCAAGCUAUUAAAAUUAAAAGAAAUAGUCUUCGAGAAAAGUUGCAAAAAAGAAAAAGAGAAAGGCAUGAGUUAUUCACUUUAACUCUACCAAAUGCAACAACAAAUAACCUUAAGACAAAUAAUGCUGCUCCAAAGGAUGCAACAACAUCAGCUGCAAUUAAUUCAAGGCACGAUGAAUUGGAAAGAGAAAUUUUAUGUAUUUUACAUCAAACACUUCCAGCAACACCAACAACUUCAACAGAUCUGAGUAUUCAGCUUAGAAAAAAUCUAAGUGCUGAUGUUUCUCACGAAGAUGUAAAGAAAAUAUUAGAGAAGUUUGCUGCACAGGAUUUAUUGAAAAUGAGAGAAGUAACAGAAGAUGGUGUGCUUGGAUACACUGUGCUUUCAAUUAUUGAAUCACAAUCUCAAUUCAAGCUAGAUGAUUUAACAAAUCUUGAAUCCAUAGAUACAACUUCCCAUGAUAAGACUGAUGAUGAUGAAGCAGAGGAAGAAGAUGAUGAAGGAGCAAGUCUUGAAAAACAACCUAAACUUGAUAAAAAAAAUGCUGAAGACAUUAUGUCGUUGAUAUUGAUGCCAACGAUCAGAGAGAAAGAAAACAAAAAAGUCGGAGAGCAAAUACUCGAUCUAUUAUCAAAACAAACUUCUAAAGAAAAAUCGUUGGCAGAAAGGUUUCGAUCUCAAGGUGGAGCUCAAGUGAUGGAAUUUUGUCCACAUGGCACACGAGUUGAUUGUGCUAAAUUAAAUGGUAGUGGAACAGCGAAAUGUAAAAAACUUCACUUUAAAAAAAUUAUUCAAAGUCAUACUGAUGAAUCUUUGGGAGAUUGUAGUUUUCUCAAUACAUGUUUUCAUAUGGAUACUUGCAAGUAUGUUCAUUAUGAAGUUGAUGGAUCGACAGCAUUAUCGAAAGAACAAGUAAAUGAAACAGUUGUUUCAAAUACUAGCAAUUCUACACCCAAGACAUCAGUAGUGGAAACUCCUGGUCCAGUUACCGGACCAGGAUCUGGUACCGAGUUAACUCUUUAUCCUCCUCAAUGGAUCCAAUGUGACUUACGUUAUUUAGACAUGACUGUUCUCGGUAAAUUUGCAGUAAUAAUGGCUGAUCCACCAUGGGAUAUUCAUAUGGAAUUACCGUAUGGUACAAUGUCUGAUGAUGAAAUGCGCCAACUAGGAAUUCCUGCUCUUCAAGAUGAAGGUUUAUUAUUUUUAUGGGUAACUGGAAGAGCUAUGGAACUUGGAAGAGAGUGUUUGCAGCUUUGGGGAUAUGAAAGAGUUGAUGAAAUCAUUUGGGUUAAGACAAACCAAUUGCAAAGAAUAAUUCGAACAGGUCGUACAGGUCAUUGGCUUAAUCAUGGUAAAGAGCAUUGCUUAGUUGGUAUGAAAGGAAACCCGCGAAUUAAUCGUGGACUUGAUAGUGAUGUUAUUGUUGCUGAAGUGCGAGCAACUAGUCAUAAACCUGAUGAAAUUUAUGGCAUUAUUGAGAGAAUGAGCCCAAGUACUCGUAAAAUUGAAUUAUUUGGGAGACCACAUAAUGUCCAACCUAACUGGAUUACUCUUGGGAAUCAAGUUGAUGGAGUUCAUCUAGUUGAUCCACAACUAAUUAAAGCUUUUAGAAAACGAUAUCCUGAUGGAAAUACUAUGAAGCCAAAUAAAACAUAGUUUUGAUAAAAAGUUCAUUAAGUUUUUAUCUUUUAAAUAUAAUAAGAUUAAUCCUUAUAUUUUAGUACUUACAAAUUUAAUUAAAUGUUCAAAAUAAAUAAUAUUUUUGUACAUUAUAAUUUAUAUACAACAAUUAUUCAAUUUA